AUGCCCUGCCCUGUCCCCAGCCCAUGCCCUGCCCCCUGCCACCACCCUACUCCUGACCCUGGCCCACCCCAUUCUUCCCCUCCCCAUACCCAGUCCUACCCCACCCUGCCCCACUCCGCACCUGGUCUCACGCUGCCCUGCACUGACACCAUCUUGGCCCCUGCCCCUCUCUGGCCCACACCUUGCCCCACCCCACCCCAUUGUGCACCAACCUGCCACAGCCCAGCUACUGCCCCAACCCAGCUCAGUUACUGCCCUGCCCCAACCCAGCCCAGCCACCAUCCAUCUCCAGCACAACCACUGCCCUGA